GUCGCAAUUCACAUUUAACCAAUUUUUGAUAAGAACCAUUUACUUCUCUCUCCUUCACAGUUCGUAAACACGCGAAGUUUUGUGCAGUCUCUGUUUCGUGCCGCACGGCCUAAUAUACUCAGUAUGCGUUACGGAGCUGCUUAUCUGCUGGCCGCCCUGAGCGGUUCAUCACCCUCUGCCAAGGACCUUGAGAAGAUCUUGGGGUCUGUUGGUGUGGACUGUGAUGCUGCCUUGGCUAAGCAAGUUGUUGAUGCUCUCAGUGGCAAGAAGGUUGAAGAUGUUGUGUCUGAAGGCUUGGAGAAAAUCGGCGGGUUAUUGUCCAGCGGAGGCGGUGGUGUAGUGGCAGCCACAAGUGGCGGUGCUGCCGCAUCUGCUGGUGGUGCUGCUGCUGCUGCGCCCAAGGCAGAGGAAAAGGCGGCUGAGCCAGAAGAAGAGUCCGACGACGACAUGGGCUUCGGUCUCUUCGACUAAACCCGCCCCCAAUAAAGGGACCAGAGAA